AUGGAAGAGAAUGUAGUUAUUGGAAAUAAAUAUUAAUAUUGGUAGAAUUAGAGAUUAGUAUUUGGAACAAUUGCAAAUAUCUUUCAAGGCUAAAAUUUAUAAACUCAAGAAGCUCUAGCAUUUAAAAUUUAUAAUAAUAGAAUGUAUGGAUUAAUUGGGGGUUAAGUGCAAAUACACAAUGUUAUAGCAGAAAUUGUAAGAAAAGAUAUUUGUCCAUUUAUCAGUAAAACUUAUGAAUGCUUAGAGAUAUAAGAUAAUAUAUGUUUAGUUAUGGAAUUGUGCGAUUAAGGAUCUUUAGAGUAACAAAUGUAUAGAAAAAAGAAGAUCCAAGAAAAUGAAGCCUUAUUCAUUUUGUUUUAAUUGCUGUAGGCACUUGCUCUAUUGGCUAAAAACAAUAUUGCUCAUAGAAUUAUUAAACCUGAACAUAUUUUAAUUAAGGAUGGAGUUUAUAAAUUGGGAAGCUUUACUUUUGCUAAGUAAAAGCCAACCUAUAAAACUAAGCUUGGUACUUUAGCAUAUAUGGCUCCUGAAAUUUUUACAAAUGAUGAAUAUGAUUAAAAAGUAGAUAUGUGGUCCUUAGGAUUGGUUAUUCAUUAAAUGCUUUUUGGAGAACUAUACUUCAUUGGAAAUAACCAUAAAGUAAUCGAAGAAUCUAUUUAAACGAAGUAGUAUGAUUUGGAUGAUUAAAAAUACGCUAUUUCGGAUGAAUUUAAGGUAUUGUUGAAAUAAAUGCUUCAAAAAGAUCCUAAAUAAAGAAUCUCAGCCGAAGAUGCACUUCAAUAAUUUGGGAUAUUCAACUAAUUUCAAAAUGACCCUAGAUAUAUUAAAAUAAUGGAUGAUGAAAAAUAAUUGUUGAAAUAGUUUGACAAAACUAAGCCAUAACAACCUAAACAAUAUAUUUAAAUUGAGGAAGAAGAAAGUAUAAAAUAAUAAAAGCAGUUUUAAUCUAAGUGA